UUGUAUUGUAUUACAAAUCAAAUGAAGACAGCGAUCUCUACUGCUCCAUUCCAUAAAAGUAAUUCUCUUUUCAACUUAGAACAACAACCCCAUCCAUCUCCCCACAAGGCCAGUACCAGCAGCCAACUUUCCCUCUUUCUUCAGUUAAAACACCACAAGAACAGAAAAAAUGAUGGGCGGACGCAGGGAGGGUCCGUUGAUGAGAAACGCAUCGCAGUCGGCUGUGAAAUCAAGAAUAUUAAUGGCAAUAGCCACUGGGAUUUCAUUGGGUUGCGUCUUGGCUUUUCUAUAUCCUCAUGGCUUCUUCUCUUCCUCUGCCCCCACAUUCCACUCUCGCCGCACCCAGGUUCCAUCUACCAAAUGCGAAUCGUCUGAAAAGUUAAAUGAGUUGAAAACGGAAUAUGCAGCAGCAUCAAUUAGAAAUGCAGAAUUGAGACAACAGGUUAAGAAGCUCACUGAAAAGCUUAGGUUGUCUGAACAAGAGAAAGAUCAUGCACAAAAACAAGUCGAGGCAUUGGGUGAGCAGCAUAAAGCUGGGUCUUUUGGAACUGUUAAAGGUUUGAUAACCAACCCCACAGUGAUUCCAGAUGAGUCUGUGAACCCCAGAUUGGCAAAAUUUUUAGAAAAUGUUGCUGUUCAAAGAGAGCUUAUUGUGGCACUUGCAAAUUGGAAUGUGAAGGACUCGUUAGAGAUUUGGUUCACAAGCAUAGAGAGAGUUGGUAUACAUAAUUAUUUAGUUGUUGCUUUGGAUGAUAAGAUUGCCGAAUUUUGUGAAUCAAAUGAUGUUCCAGUUUACAAGAGAGACCCAGACGAGGGAAUAGAUUCUAUUGGGAGGGCCGGGACGAACCAUGCUGUUUCAGGAUUGAAAUUUCGUAUCUUGAGAGAGUUUUUGCAGCUGGGGUACAAUGUUCUACUUUCAGAUGUCGAUAUUGUGUAUUUACAGAACCCUUUCAAUUAUCUUUAUCGGGAUUCAGAUGUGGAAUCCAUGACUGAUGGCCAUAAUAACAUGACUGCUUAUGGAUUCGAUGAUGUCUUUGAUGAACCUACAAUGGGAUGGGCUCGAUAUGCACACACAAUUCGCCUAUGGGUUUAUAACUCUGGUUUCUUCUAUAUCAGACCGACAAUCCCUUCAAUUGAGCUCUUGGAUCGUGUGGCUAGUCGGCUUGCUCGUGAGCCGAAGUCUUGGGACCAGGCAGUUUUCAAUGAGGAACUCUUUUUUCCAUCACAUCCCGGAUUCGAGGGGCUUCAUGCUGCUCGCAGAACUAUGGAUUUCUAUCUCUUCAUGAACAGUAAAGUCCUCUUCAAGACUGUGAGGAAAGAUGCUAGACUGAGCAAGUUCAAGCCGGUGAUUAUUCACGUGAAUUAUCAUCCUAAUAAACUCGAACGAAUGAAAGCAAUUGUGGAAUAUUAUGUUAACGGUAAUCAGGACGCAUUGAAAGCUUUUCCUGACGGCUCAGAUUGGUAAAUUUGUGCUUUGUUCAUCACCAGUCAGCACUGGGUGCAGAAGGGUCAUCCUGUAAAUGGCUCAAAGCAUAUAUUCCUCGAACAGAUAUGAUUGCACAUAAAACAAAAAAAAAAAAGUGUGGUGCCUUCCAUUUAUUCUUGCCUAGCGCUUUAGAAUCUUGCUCUUCUGCCAAAGUAAAGAAAAUCCAAAAGAAUAAUUUUAUUUUCUUUUUUUUUUAUUUGGAUAAAAAUUUGUCCUUUACAGCUUUGGAUUUUUCUUUUUCUGCCCUGCACCAUUGCACGGGUUUUGUAGCAAUUUAAAUCCGUUGAUACUGAACUUACUCGAUUCA